AUGAUGGGGAUGGAGCUGCUAGUCAUUACUUUGCAGUUGGAAGAUUUGUGCACACUUUUGUCACGUGACGGGAGGAUGCUCGGCCAAUCAGGGUGCAAGGAGGCGCAUAUAAAGCUGGCAGAAAGUGUCACUUCAGUCAAGUUGCUGGGGAGGAGCACCUUGUAUCUCCCCACACACACACAAGCCGCAGACCACGGGCAUCUCCAAGCUGCACCCAGGAGCACCCGACUCCUUAGAAGAGGUCUCCACGGCAAGCUGGGACGCACAGGUACCAAAACCCACAGGGUUCUUAGGCCCUUGAAGAUGAAGGCUGCAAUGUCACUGGUGGGAAGCCAGGGCAUUAUCUCAGUCACCGAGAUCCUUAUUGCCUUGGCUGUCUUCUGUCUGACGUUCAUGGUCAUCAGAUCCUUCCGGCAGCAGAUCCCCAAGGGUCUGAAGAGGCUCUCAGGACCAAGGGGUUACCCCUUGAUUGGCAAUGUGCUGGAGCUGGGGAGCAAUCCACACCUGACCUUGACUCAGAUGAGCCAGAAGUAUGGAGAUGUGAUGCAGAUACAGAUCGGCACCAGACCUGUGCUGGUGCUGAGUGGGUUGGACACCAUCAAACAAGCCCUGGUGAAGCAAGGGGAGGUCUUCAUGGGGCGCCCUGAUCUCUACAGCUUUCGCAAUAUUGGAGAUGGCCAGAGCUUGACCUUCAGCACUGAUUCAGGGGAGGUGUGGAGAGCUCGCAGGAAGUUGGCCCAGAAUGCCCUGAAGACCUUUUCUGUCUCGCCCAGCCCCAACUCUUCGUCCACCUGCCUCCUCGAGGAGCAUGUCUCCAAAGAAGCUGACUACCUAGUAAGAAAGUUUCUGCAACUGAUGGAGGAAGAGAAGAGGUUUGACCCCUAUCGGUACAUGGUGGUCUCUGUGACCAAUGUAAUCUGUGCCAUGUGCUUUGGCAAGCGUUACAACCAUGAUGACCAGGAGCUGCUCAGUAUGGUAAACCUGAGCAAUGAAUUUGGGGAGGUGGCUGCCUCUGGCAACCCUGCAGAUUUCAUUCCAGUGCUCCAGUAUCUCCCUAGCCGCGCCAUGAAAAUUUUCAAGGAUCUCAAUAAGAAGUUUGACUCCUUUGUGCAGAAGAUUGUUAAGGAGCACUACAGCAGCUUUGAUAAGGACAAUAUUCGAGACAUCACCGACUCCCUGAUUGAGCAUUGUCAGGAGAAGAAAGUGGAUGAAUCUGCCAACAUUCAACUCUCUGAUCAGAAGAUUGUCAACAUUGUCAAUGACCUUUUUGGAGCUGGUUUUGACACUGUGACAACUGCGUUGUCCUGGAGUCUCAUGUAUCUUGUGACAUAUCCAGAAAUUCAGAAGAAGAUUCAUGAAGAAUUAGAUCAGACGAUUGGCAGAGAGAGGAGACCCAGACUGUCAGACCGGCCCAUGCUGCUUUAUACAGAAGCUUUUAUCUUAGAGAUGUUCAGACAUUCCUCUUUCCUGCCCUUCACCAUUCCUCACUGCACAACGAGAGACACAGUACUGAAUGGCUACUUCAUCCCGAAGGACCUCUGUGUGUUUGUCAACCAGUGGCAAGUCAAUCACGAUGAGAAGCUUUGGAAAGAUCCAUCUACCUUCAACCCAGAGCGUUUCCUCAAUGCUGAAGGGACUGAAGUAAACAGGGCAGAGAGUGAGAAAGUGAUGAUGUUUGGCUUGGGGAAGAGGAAGUGCAUUGGUGAGUCCAUUGGCAGGUGGGAGGUCUUCCUCUUCUUGACCACCCUGCUCCAGCAACUGGAGUUCAGCGUAUGUGAUGGUGAGAAGGCAGACAUAACACCUCAGUAUGGACUGACCAUGAAGCACAAGAGGUGUGAGCACUUCCAGAUUAAACAGCGCUUUGAAAUGAAGAAAUCUGGGUGAGCUGCAGAUUCUCAUUGCUAGGACACGGAGGGGAAAUACAACAUCACAAUAUUUUGGCUUUUGGAAACUACCACCCAGACUGCUUUGAAGGCUGACAUGCUCUAGAGCAUAAGAUAAUACAAGCCAUGUUGACUUUGCAUCUGUACUGACAUAGUGGAGGUUCUGACGUAAAUGUACUCUAUCUGCUGCUGUCUAUUGGCAUUCAAAGACUGUAUUACAAAUGACUCAAAAAUUGGCAAAGCCUGCCAAGUAUACCCUGAGGAGCAUGCCCUGUAGUGACAUCUGACACUUCAAUUAGCCAACUCCAUCAUUCUUACCUGUAGAAACAACAGAAUCGGGCAACAUGCUUUGAUCAUGCAGCUGAUCUUGAGAGGUUUUACACUGAGUAUCUUGAGUUCUCUGCUGAACUUCCCUUAACAUCCCUGAGGUGUAGUCUUUUUAUGACAGGCACCCAGGUUUUUUUGUGUGUCUUAGUUUAGAAUAAGCGACUUUAGCCUAAGAUUAUCUCUGAUAUGUAACCAGCUGGCUAUGGCUGUGAAAUAUAUUGAAUAUAGAAUCAGAUGUAUAACCUGUAAACAAAACACAUUUUUGCAGCCAUUAUUUCUAAUCUCAUUGGCUCAUCUCAGUUGUCUAAAGGUUUUGAGGAGAAACAUAACCAGCCUUCUCUUAAAUGGCUGGGAUGAAUAAU